AUGGCUCUGAAGGUGUUUGAUCGCGACAUGAAGAUCCUAGAUAUCAAGCCCCGUUUCCCAGGGUCAUGCCACGUCUCCGUUGUCUGGCGGCACACCCCGCUACGCAGCCGCCUUGAAACUGUCCUGAGACCUGGGGAAAUUGCGCUUGUAACCACAACCGGCUCGAAAGCCAUCACCUGGCCGUUGUACCGGCGUCUGCACGGCUUCCUCGGAGCGCUACCGAUCAACGACGACUUGCUCAUGGAGGAAAACAUUGAGGUGCAGCAAGUGCAUGAACUGCCAAUUUGUGCAGAGGUCAUUGCAUCAUGGGACGAUGGCGAUAUUCCUACUGAGGAGAGCAGUGUUUGUCAACUAAGCAUUACUCCGGAGCCUCCCACUGACAGCCAAACUCCAGAGCCUUCUACAGACAGCCCACAGCCUGAGGUAACAAAUGACCUGGGUGCCAGAGCAGGCAGCCGUUCUGCCAGCAGCAAGGCUAAGGAAGGAACAGGCCUGCGUCGACAAACUUCGAAGAACUCGUAAGCUUACACAAGCAAGCAGAACAACGAGCAGCGAAAGCUUCUAAAAAAUUGGCAAGCUUCACAAGACGUUCAUCAAGUUGCAAGCAGAAUCUAAUGACAUGCAGGCAAGCAUGAUUAGAAUGCUGGAGAAGUAUCUUGUACCAAAUGAUAAAUAAAAGGUGAUCAUGUAUA